AUGUAUUUUUUAAGGAAUAUUUAUAAUUUGAGAUUCUUUUCAGUAUGUAAAUGUAUUAAGUGUGAUAACUCGGUCAACAUCACCAACUUCUUCUGUAACUCGUGUAACUGGCCCUUGGAGAGCGAAAUUAUAAAACGCGAAAAUAUCUACAAAAUCUUCCAAAUAGUUGAGGAGUAUGAGAUUGAUAAGAAUUUGUUGAGUAAAAGGUAUAAAAAUUAUCAAUUUCUGCUACACCCGGACCAUCACUAUGGGAGGACAAAGGAAGAACUUAGCAUCAUCACCGCAAACUCGGGCAUAAUCAACUCGCUCUACAACACACUAAUCGACGAUAAAAAGAGAGCUGAAUACCUCUUCAAAAUCAGAUUCACACGCUACAAUUUCGAGGAGGAAAUUGAAAAGAUUAAAAAAAACCAGCUGGAAUCUGUAAUGGAAAUUUACGAGAAGUUGGACUCCCUGGAGACCCUGGAGGAUAAAAAUAAAUUAAAAGCUGAAAUUAAGAGUAAAAUUGACAGUGCAGUUGAGAGAAUCGGAGAAUCGUUUCACUCCAACGACGUGAAUUCCGUCACUAAAAAUUAUGUAACACUCUCAUUUUACAAACAAAUUUACAAUAAACUAAUUUAACUCCUUUUCUA